AUGCUUAUUGCUCCGACACUAUGGGCAACCAAGGGCACGGUGCUGGCACUUUAUCUUCGAAACUUUGGAAUUGUGCGAUGGAUACGCGUCACUUCAUGGGUCCUCAUUGUCGUUCUUUACUUCUUCUAUGGAUCAAACAUUGUCAUUGCCGCUGCAUACUGCCUUCCUACGAACGGAGAGGUAUGGGACAAUACUGUGUUCACAAGAUGUGCCAGCCCGGUGUCAUCGACUGUCGUCAUUGGUGUUUUUACUGUGGUGGCCGAUCUUAUCAUCUUUGCGCUACCUUUGCCCAUCAUCUUUCGGCUGCGACUUAGUCGGCAAAGGAAAAUUGGACUGGGCGUCGUGUUCUCGGCGGGACUGCUAACGGUCAUCACUAGCAUCGUUUCACUGGUCUUUCGAGUCCGCAUAUUUCUCGAGUAUGAUCCUAUAUGGACUGGCACUAGCCUUGCAAUUUCAACGUCGAACAUCGUCAAGUCCAAUGAGCGCAGCCAGGAGCAUGGGCAUCGCUUCAACAGUUUCGAACAUCUGCAGAUGAAAGACCAUAAGCGCUUGUUUCAUGUGCCACCCCUCUUCGUUGCCACUGCUACAACAUUUGGCGGGUUGAUACCUUUCUUCAACGCCGAAUAUGCUAUUCUCGAGUUCGGCCUUCCCCAACGCAUCGCAAGUUCCAAACCGGCCCAGUCGGUGAUGAUUCUGAGCUCUGGGCGCAUAACCGCUAUCGGCCUGUGUCUCUUUGCCUUUUAUUUCCAGGGGAAGUUGGUCGAAUUUGAUACCGUCCUGACCAUCUUGGGUGCCUACGUCGGCCUGGUGGACGGCUAUGUCUGCCUGAGAGAGGAUGUACCCAACAAGGCUGUUUUCCGUACAGCUUCUGGCCUGGCAAUUGCUGCAUGGGGCUGGUUUGGCCUGACGAGUACCGCAUGA